ACGACAAUGGUCCAGAAAACAAAUGGCGAAUGCGUUAGCAGCCAUAGGCCCAGCGUGCGAGUAACAUGAAGCUGACUGGCACACAGUGCUUCUUUUGCCGUUUGUAUAUUUCUGUAGGUUCUCUAUACGGUUGGGCUGUUGAAGUACGAGGCUUUUGCUGCAAUAUAACCGCUGGGUGUAAAGCUGCCAGUCUUGCGUAGAGAAGCUCCCUGUAGAAAUGCGCGCUUAUUCGGCAUGCUGCUUAGAUAUGCCCGCUACUCUAUGGAUCUGUUGGCAUAGGGGCCAUUACAAAUACUUGCAUGUGCAGGGGAAGGGCUGAACCAUGUCAGUUGAUGGAGAUGUUGACUAUGGGCAUGAGUUUCCAGCCCAUUAUAAAGUGAUGCUUGACAAACUGAAUGAGCAGCGUCAGCUGGAUCAGUUCACAGACAUCACUCUCAUUGUGGAUGGACAUCAGUUUAGGGCCCACAAAGCUGUUUUGGCUGCAUGCAGUCAGUUUUUCCACAAAUUCUUCCAGGACUUCACUCAAGAGCCUCUAGUGGAGAUUGAAGGUGUUAGCAACACUGCCUUCCGCCACCUAAUGGAGUUCACUUAUACGGCUACAUUAGCUGUGAAUGGUGAGGAAGAAGUCAGUGAUGUCUGGAGAGCUGCAGAGUACCUUCAGAUGCAAGAGGCAAUCAAAGCCUUGAACAACAGAAGGAAUGGUACCACCUCAUUAAACCCUUCUCAGGCCUUGGCUGGAAAGAGCAAGGCUAAGAAGAGGAAGAUCGCAGAGACCUUCAAUGUGAUCACUGAGACUCUUCCUUCAGUGGACACUGAAUCCGUUGAAAUUGAGGUGGAGGUUGAUGAGGAGCAUAUCGAGGUGGAGGAAAGCGGUCUGGUGGAGGUAGUGGAUGCUGCCAGGAGUUCUACCGAACCCUCUUCGGAUGACUCCGCAUUGGCCUUGCUGGCCGACAUCACUAGCAAGUACCAGCAGGGAGAGCAGACGCUCCAUGUGAUGAAAAAGGACGAUGAGACAGUAGUCGUUCAGGAAGAGGCUGUAAUGGCCUCCAAGACCCUGGAGAAUAUUGAAGUGGUGGAGGUCCAGAUCUCUCAGCUGGACAACCUUUUCCGUUGUGACAAGUGCGACCGCUGCUUCAAACUCUACUACCACCUCAAACAGCACAUGAAGACUCACACCGCAACCCCGGAUAGGGGCUUUGUCUGCAGGCACUGCAGCAAAGUAUACGCUCGAGAAGGAGCCCUUAAACAGCACCUGAACAAUUAUCAUUUUGAUGCGGAGGAACAGUCCCGACGGCAGAAAAAGAAAGUGCAUGUUUGCGAGUACUGUGAAAAGCAAUUCGAUCAUUUUGGACACUUCAAAGAGCAUUUAAGGAAGCACACAGGUGAGAAACCCUUUGAGUGUCCAGAAUGCCAUGAACGUUUCGCCAGGAACAGUACGCUGAAGUGCCACAUGUCAGCAUGUCAAAAUGGCUCUGGAGCCAAAAAAGGGCGAAAGAAGCUCUAUGAAUGCCAGGUCUGUAGCAGUGUUUUCAAUAGUUGGGAGCAGUUCAAGGACCACUUGGUGACCCACACGGGUGAGAAACCCAACCACUGCACCAUCUGCGAUCAGUGGUUCACACAACCCAGAGACCUCCAUGCUCAUCUGCAAGAACACCAUGGCUUACAGGAGAAGGUUAUCGUCACAGAGGAAGUCAUGAUUUCUGACCCAACCACAGUUUUGACUAUGGCAGAGGUUGAGGAGGGAGAGGAGAGGGUGAUACUGGAGCACGGCAUGCGGGUGGAGCAUGUUAGUGUGGAUCCGGUGGAUGUUGUAGCUGUUGAGGAGACUCUUGUGGUGGAGGAAGAGACGCCUCAGACUGAAGGUGGGGUGGGAGAGACAGUGGUUUUACAAGUAGAUGCUGAGAGAUUGAAAGAACAAGCAAUGGAAAUCCAACUAGCACAGGUGACUGUUGCAGAACCAGCAGACUGUGACAUUAAACAAGAGGCCGUGGACAGUUCGAAAGAAGAAAAGAUUGCAAAUGUAUGAAAGGCCUCUGCUGUGCAUGGACACUUUAAGAAUGAUAUGGGGAGAUAAUCCAGGCCUUUUCUCCUUUUCCACCCCUCAAAGUUAAACAGUAAUGCUCAUCCAACAAAGCUGGAUCACCUGCUUAAUUUCUUUCAGCUUUGUCAAGCAGUGUCUCUAUAAAUCUAAUAACAGGUUCAGUCACGCUUUUAAUGUAUGUUGUGGUUAAGAGUAGUAAGAGAUGUAAUUGAUUUCAAGAAUAGUGCACGUCGCCAAGACUGUUUGUGGGGUGGAAGUUUUUUUGUUUUUGUUUUUUUGGAUGUAUGUUUAGAGUGCGUAAGAAGCUUAUUUUCAUAAAACAAUUAAAGGGCAAAAUAUGUCCCCCAAAUAAUCCAGAGAAACAUAAA